AUGGACUAUCAAAAUCGUGCUGGUAGCCGCUUUGGAGGAGGCGGUGUCGCUGGAUAUCAAGAAACGAAUGCAGCGCGUCGCGAGCGUCUCAAAAAAUUGGCAUUGGAAACCAUUGAUCUUUCUAAGCAUAACCUGCCAAAGAAGUACAUUCAAGAUCCUUACUUUAUGAAAAACCAUUUAGGAACUUAUGAAUGUCGUUUGUGUCUGACGAUGCAUGCAAAUGAAAAUUCAUAUUUGACACAUACUCAAGGGAAAGCGCAUCAGACCAAUCUGGCUCGUAGAGAGGCCCUGGAAAACAGAAAGGCCCAAAGGACUGCACCUGUAGUGCAAACAGGAUUGUCUCAAUCGCAGGUGCCGUUACGAAAGAAUAUAAUGAAAAUUGGAAGACCCGGGUACAAAGCAUCCAAAAUUCGUGAUCCCGAAACUGGUCAGUUUGGUCUUCGAUUUCAACUUAAGUACCCGGAUAUCCAAGUCAAUGUAAAGCCCCGGUAUCGUAUUAUGAGUGCAUAUGAGCAGAGAGUGGAAGCUCCUGAUCGCAAGUUUCAAUAUUUGGUUGUCGCAGCUGAGCCAUACGAAUCUGUUGCAUUCAAAAUAAAUGCGCAUGAAAUCGAUCGUUCUCCAGGCCGAUUCUGGACAUAUUGGGAUGCACCAACUUAUACUAUUCAAUUCUUUUUCAAUGUGGAUAAACUUUCCUAA